AUGAGCGCAGAAGCUGGGAAGAAACAUAGCCAUGCUCCUGCCUCUGGGGACAGGAAGUCUAAGAGGAAGCCUAAGAGGAAGGAAACCUAUUCAGUCUAUAUCUACAAAGUACUGAAGCAGGUGCACCCGGACACCGGCAUCUCCUCUAAGGCCAUGAGCAUCAUGAACUCCUUUGUCAACGACAUCUUCGAGCGGUUGGCCUCGGAGGCCUCGCGCCUGGCCCAGUACAAC